CUUAUUUUGAUUUUUGUUAUCAGCUGAUGGUAGUCUAGCAGACGACAUCAGAAAAUGACAUAAUUCUAAACAAUAAUAUUAGUUUUAAAAGUUUAUAAAAUACGUUCUAUUUACAAUUUUUUAAAAUAUCAUCAUGAUUAGUGAUUUUUGUUUCCUGUAAAGUGCAGAUAUAAUUCUAUGUGAAAUUCCAGUAGAUUUUUCUUUGUCUUAACAAGUCAAUUUGGGUACCUACCAACUUUACAUACCGUAAUGUUUGAUAUUGUGUUGGAAUAUUAGAGUAUUAAAUAUCAACAACAUUGUUUGACAAUUACUGUACGUUGGAAUAAUUAUUCAAACAGUUCAACAAUGGUAUUUAUAAUUGUUGCUUACGUAUUUGUACCAGUUGUAUUAGCGUUGGGUGUUAGAAAAUACCGAGAAUUACAAUGGGGAACGUGUAAAGAUUUUAGGUCUUUGGAGGGUAAAGUAUUUAUUGUUACGGGCGCAAAUUCAGGAAUUGGCAAAGAAACUGUUAAAGGCUUGGCUGAAAGAAAAGCCCGCGUUAUUCUGGCAUGUCGAAACAUUGACAGUGCCAACGCCGCUAUAUCUGAAAUCAGAAAAUCAAUAUCAACUGGAGAAUUGAUUCCUAUGACACUGGACCUGGCGUCUUUAAAAUCGGUGACCAGAUUUGCUGGAAACGUUCUUCGUGACUUUCCCCGAAUCCACACUCUGAUCAACAACGCUGGUGUGAAUGUCCCCGUCUCUAAAGGCGAAAAAACCGAAGAUGGCUUUGAAAUUCAUUUUGGCGUCAAUCACCUUGGUCAUUUCCAUCUCACCAAUCUCCUACUUGAAACUGUGAUCAAUUCUGCACCAAGCAGAAUUGUGAUAGUGUCGUCACUGCUGCAUGAGCGUGGCACAAUCGACUUUGAUAACUUGAACGGCGAGAAGGGCUUCGUAGGGGGCAUGAACCCUGCCUACUGCAACUCGAAGCUGGCCAACGCCUACUAUUGCGUAGAGCUAGCCAAGCGCCUGGCGCCGCGGCGACUGGACACCGACGUGGUCGCUGUCUGCCCUGGCUUCUGCUACACCAACAUCUUCCGCUACUCCAACCUCAAAUGGUGGAAGUACUUGCUCUUUCUGCCGAUCGCUUUCUUCUACAUGCGCUCUGCCAAACAGGGUGCACAGAACGUUCUACACUGUGCUCUUUCCGAGGAGGUUCGGGGAAAAUCUGGCGAAUUCUUCCGCGACUGCAAGCCGUACAAAUCGAAGCACAAUUUCGAUCCAAACGUUAGCAGAGCCCUUUGGAAUGCCAGCGGACAAAUGAUAAUGAAAUAGUGGUCUAAUCAAAUUGAACCAGAAUAAGCACUCCCAACUAUCUCUAAAUGUCAACAAAUAUUAGAAGUGUUUUUGGAUUGAAUUUAAAAUUUACUUUCUUUGUAUCUAGAGCAGAACAAACGCACCAAAUUCCUAACUAGACCUAUAAUAAUCAGUUAGAUUUCAAAGCAUUUAUCUUGAAAAAGAAAACAUCAAAAUAUUUAUCAUUGCCUCUGGAGCUAUCUCCAGGGCCCUAUUGCAUGAUAAGCUAAUAGUUUAUAGUCACCGCACGAAAAUAGUCCGAUAGAAAUAGGAACAGAUGUGUUGUCCAACAUACUUGAUCUGUAUAAUGAUUUAAAAUUUUGAAUUUGAUUAGUCCAAGCGUUUGAAAAUAUACUAGCAUCUAGUCUAAAUUAAAAACACGCAACACUCAUUCAGUAAUUUGAACCAUUUUCACAAUCACAGUGAUAAAUGAGCUGAAGAGGAUUGAUAUAUUCAUUGGUAGACUAGCAACUUGUCUCAUUUAAAUUUAGAUUGAAUAUCAUUGAAUGUUUCAAAAUCAUUUCACAAUAUUGUUUUGUACUUCUACAAUUAGAUUGAAAUAUUGCCAACAAAAUAUUGUUUCUUAUUUCGAGUUCAACAUUCCCCAUCCUUACCCUUUGUGCUGAAGAGAUAAGAUUGGUUUAAAAGUUGAUUUUUUUAGUUUAUUCCUUACACGCUUAUAACUUCGGAACAAUGCGUUCAACCGACGUGACCAACCAUUCAAAAAUCAAGCUUGAUGAAUUUUCUACAUUUUUUGUGAUAUUUUCAACAGUUUGCAAUAUAUUCGCUAUUGAAAUUGUUA